GUUUCCUUCACUCUGUGGACAGCUCUGUGGAGACUGCAGGAGAAGCUCUCUCACUCUCUUCUGUCUCUGGUUAUUUCUGCAACUCAUCCCUCACUGCGCUGCGACUGGCUGACCUACACGAGGACAAGGCGGGGGGGGGAAGAAGCAGCAGCAACACCUGCCUAACCCUUCACUGCUGCCGCCAUCCCUCCGUCCGUCCCCGCUUCCUGCCCAGUCUUGGACCUCGUCUCUGCCGAUCUCUCCGCCACAACCGCUGCCAUCAUGUGCGACUGUUUCCACCUGGCCUUUCCCAACUGGCACGCUGCCUCCUCUGGGACAAGACCUGGGCGAAGGCUGCAAGGCCCAGAGCCUGCCACAGAGGACUCAAUAUGUGAUGAGCCAUCUCAGUUCGCAGAGAGUGAGAGACCACGCCCACAAGGGUCAUCUCCAGUUGAGGAGUAUCCUGAGACUGAAAAAUACAGUGACAGUGAUAAAGAGUUUGAAGCAGAGCAUGACCCACGCCACAAAGGUGGGACUGGAAAGAAAACUAAAAAGUCUGGGCUUGGGUCCAUGUUUGAAAAGCGCUCUACUCCAAAGAUGAGUAAACUCAAGGAAGCUGAGAGCCCUGAAUCUGAGGUGAUAGUGAAAACGGCCAAAGAUGGAUGUGCAGAGGGUCUCGUUUAUGGUGGAGGGGGAAAAGAAGGAAUUUUCAUUAAGGAAGUAGUGCCAGAGUCACCAGCCUCCAAAAAUCUAAAACUGAAAGAAGGUGAUCAGAUUUUGAGUGCCACUGUGUAUUUUGACAACAUGUCAUAUGAGGAUGCCAUUCAGAUUCUGGAGCAUGCUCAGGCAUAUAAACUGAAGCUUUGCUUGAAGCGCAAGCCAGAGAUCACAGAGACCGAACCAGCCAUCGAAUCUGACGUUAUACCUGAAGAAGACCUCCACACUCCACAGAUGAGAGAACAAGGAAAAACUAAAAGACGCGGAGAAGCUCGCAUUUCGUGGCCCAAGUUUUCAUCCUUUGGAAAAGGGCGAAAAUCACGUUUUACAAGGUCUCACAGUUCCUCAGAGGCUGAGGAACAAAGAAAGCUUGAACUCAGCCCAACAACAAGCGACACAGAGUCACCAAUAAAAACUCAGGACGCUCUCAAAUACAAGAAAAAGCAUAAAAUAAAACUACCUGGUCUGACAAAGAGAGGCCGGAUAAGUUCAUCUGAGGAGCAGGACACAGAUGUGCAAACUGGACAGAUCAGUGGUGACACUCACCACACACAAGAAUCGGAUAUGCUUUCACCUGAGUGCCUUGAAAGCCCCUCAGGAGAAAUGCCUGAAGCCUAUGUGAAAAAAGAUCUGAAAGUAAUCAAAGAUGUGCAACUUGAAGAAACCAAUCUAACGGUCCGUGAAGCUCAACCUAUUCAACAUAAGGUGGAACUUAUCAGUAUAGAUAGCACUUUGAAAACAGCAGAUUUAACUGUGGCUCUAGCAGAUCAAGAAAGCCCCUCUCAUAUCAAGUCCCCUGAGGGGAAAAAGAAGAAGAAAGAAAGGUCUGAAUUAAAAAUGAAAAUUCUGGGGAAGGAUAAAUCACACAAGAAAGAAGCAAAAGCAAAAUCGUCACCAAAAAGGCUAAAAACACUAGGGGCAAGUUUUGACUUAGCUGAUCAUCCUGAAAAUGAAAAAUCUGACUUAAUCCCAAACUUUGAGUCACACACAGAAGAUCCUGCUCUUUAUGCUAAGGUGGAACAUGAUUUAUCUGAUGUUGCAGUUUCACAUAAAUAUCCACAGAAAAGUGAAGCAAAAAGGCAGAAAGGCAAAGAAAUCCAAGAAAAACACGAAGACAGAAGAACAGAGGAAACUGUCAAACUGCCGAAACUCAGUUUGGGUGACGUUGGUGCUGAGGAAAUCACAGAUGAUCUUUAUAAGAGACUGGCAAAAAGCAGUGAUUUGAGAACCCAACUUCCCAAACGGGAAGAGAUUGAGAUACCAGGUAUGGAGGAUAAGUCUGUGAAGACGAGAGCAAAAAGAAUUAAAGAACCUAAGGUAAAUUAUACAGGACAGAAUGGAGAAUUUCAAGCGGAAACUGUGCAACUGUCAAUUGAUGUUGACAGUGUGAAAGAGGCAGUUUCUAAAUUGCCUGGAUAUAAGCUGCCUAAAGUUGAUACAUCUGGCAUGCCUAUUCCAGAAGAAAUUACUGUGAUAGAUGCAAAUGCUCAAAGAAUAUCAGUGAAAACGCCUACAAAAGUGGUAGACACCAAAACAAAGCAUGGAGCAAGUCUUACAAAGUUUGACACAACUUCUUCUCUAGAAAUUUCCAAGACUACAGUUAAGCUGUCACAGAUCACAACCGGUCAAUUAACCUCAGAGGAUCUUUUAACUGAAACAACAGUAAAAACUGAAAAGGAACAUGAAACUAAGAAAAAACAAAGCAGCAAAGAGAUUAAAACUGGGACCUAUAAAAGAGAAGAUAUUAUAAUACAGGGAAAGGAAAGUUUAGAGAAAGUAUCUAGUCUUCAGGCACAUGAGGCUGAUGAAACACGAGGAACAGAGGGUAUCAAAUCUGAAUAUGAAUCAGAUAAGAAAUCAAAGAAGGCAAAGAUGACAAUGCCUAGCUUUGGGAUAGCAAAGCCAGACAUAAGAAUCCCUAAUAUUGGAAUUGUCUUGCCAAAACAAAAUACCUUUCAGCAAAAAGGGGACACAACAAAAGGAGAAAAAGCUGAAUUCCUCCGAGAAGUAACGACAUCAAAAGAUGAAAUUAAAAAAGACAAGGGGCAGACUGAAGGAGUUGUAUGUGAGGUUGUGAUUCCUGAACUUGAUAGCAUUGAAUACAUUGACUCAGUAGAUGGUUCACCAGCCAAAAAGGACAAUGGCAUUAGGCUUACAGGUUUUGAUGUAAAUUUUGAGUCAAAACCAAACGUGGAUAUUUCCCUGAAAGAAAUUAGAAAAGAAGCAAAAAGUGCAGAAACUGAAGAGCAUGCAGUUAAAUUGCCUCAAUUUGGAGCUAUUACUACAUACAUCAGUGUAAAUGUGCCCGAUGGAGAUAAGCCUAUAAACACUGAUGAAGCUGAGACAAAAACUCUUGAAAGAGAGGGAAAGGGUAGCAAGUUUAAAGUGCCAAAUGUUGGUAUCUCCAUGCCAAGGGUGAAAGGAAUAAAAACGGAUUCAAGUCUAUCAAAGAAAGGUGUAGCUGUGACACCACCGCCUGAGACCGAUGUUACACUUGGAAGUGUAAAUGUUUGUAUUGCAGAACGAAUAAUGGAGGCAGAAAAAUAUGACCAGGAAAUAAAACAUCCUCAGGCAGAAGUUGAAUUUGAUAGGCAAGGAGGCAAGUUCAAGAUGCCAAAGUUAGGAAUUGCAAUGCCAAAAAUAAAAGGGUCUGAAUUUGACUCCAGUGUAUCAGAGAAAAAUGAAGAUAUGAAACUGUCAGAAACGAAACGGUCUGUCAAACCACAGACUGAAAUUAAAACUAAAAUCGAUGUAAGUCUUGGGAGUGCAGAAGCUUUCUUUCCCCAGGAAAAGACUGGAGAUGAAAUCGAAGUACAUGAAAGCAAGUUCAAAUUGCCAAAAUUUGGAAUAACAAUGCCAAACGUAAAAGGACCAGAAGUUGAUUUUAACUUAUUGAAGAGAGAUGUAGAUGAAACACUUGAAGAAGCCAAAACUGAUGCUGAACGUAAAAAACCCUCUGCUCAAAUGGAAACCGAAGAUCCUGAUAUUGAAGAUCUGACAAAGGACAAUGAGAACUCACUGGCAAAAUUUAAGAUGCCCACAUUCAAACUACCAAAAUUUGGAGUUGGUAUCCCAAGUGCUACAACAGAAAUACCUGAUUUGGACACAGGUAUCAAAAUAGAAGGUGCUGAUAUUAGUAUCCCUGAAGAUGUUCUUGAAGUGAACAUAGCAGCACCCAGCAUUGAAUUGAAAGAGCCUUUAAUCUCCUUGAAAACCAGUGGAUCUGAACAUGAAGGAAAAGGAAGUAAGUUCAAAUUGCCAAGUCUUGGAUUUUCUGUCCCUCAAGCCAAAGGGCCUGACAUUGAUUUAAGCUCAUCAAAGAAAGACGUACAGAAAGAUGCAGAUGUUACACUUCCAGAAGCUACAGCUGAAGUCACACUCCAUGAUGUUGAAGUUGAAAAACCUUCUGUUGAUGUGGAAAUUGAAGCUCCUGAGUUAAAAGUUGAGACAAAAGACAAGAAAGGAUCACCAUCAAAGUUUAAGAUGCCUCCAUUCCAAUUACCCAAAUUUGGCAUUGGUAUCACAGGUGCAACAGCAGAGGUACCGGAUAUGGACAAAGGUAUCAAAAUAGAAGGUGCUGAUAUUGAGAUUCCUGAAGAGGUUCUUGAAGUUAACAUAGCAGCACCCAGCACUGAAUUAAAAGAACCUUCAAUCUCCUUGAAAACCAGUGGAUCUGAACAUGAAGGAAAAGGAAGUAAGUUCAAACUGCCAAGUCUUGGAUUGUCUGUCCCAAAAACCAAAGGGCCUGACAUUGAUUUAAGCUUAUCGAAGAAAGAUGUAGAUGUUGCACUUCCAGAAGCUAAAGCUGAAGUCAAACUCCCUGAUGUUGAAGUAGAGAAACCUUUUGUUGAAGUUGAAAUUGAAGCUCCUGAGUUCAAAGUUGAGACAAAAGACAAAAAAGGAUCACCAUCAAAAUUUAAGAUGCCUACAUUCAAAUUACCCAAAUUUGGCAUUGGUAUCCCAAGUGUUACAGCGCAAGUACCUGCUUUGGACACAGAUGUUAAAGUAGAUGGUGCUGAUAUUAGUAUACCUGAAGAGGUUCUUGAAGUUAACAUAGCAGCACCCAGCACUGAAUUGAAAGAACCUUCACUCACCCUGAAAACUACAGGAGCUGAACAUGAAGGAAAAGGAAGUAAGUUCAAACUGCCAAGUCUUGGAUUGUCUUUCCCUCAAGCCAAAGGACCAGAUAUCGAUUUAAGUUUAUCAAAGAAAGAUGCAGAUGUUACACUUCCAGAAGACAAAGCUGAAGUCAAACUUCCAGAUGUUGAAGUUGAAAAACCUUGUGUUGAAGUGGAAAUUGAAGCUCCUGAGAAAAAGAUUGAAACAAAGGGAAAGAAAGGAUCACCAUCAAAGUUUAAAAUGCCAACAUUCCAACUGCCAAAAUUUGGAGUGGGUGUCACAAGUGCAACAGCAGAGGUACCGGAUAUGGACAAAGGCAUAAAAAUAGAUGGUGCUGAUAUUGAGAUUCCUGAAGAGGUUCUUGAAGUUAACAUUGCAGCACCCAGCACUGAAUUAAAAGAACCUUCAUUUGGAGUGGGUGUCACAAGUGCAACAGCAGAGGUACCGGAUAUGGACAAAGGUAUGAAAAUAGAUGGUGCUGAUAUUGAGAUUCCUGAAGAGGUUCUUGAAGUUGGCGUUGCAGCACCCAGCACUGAAUUAAAAGAACCUUCAAUCUCCUUGAAAACCAGUGGAUCGGAACCUGAAGGAAAAGGAAGUAAGUUCAAACUGCCAAGUCUUGGAUUGUCUGUCCCUCAAACAAAAGUGCCUGGCAUUGAUUUAAGCUUAUCGAAGAAAGAUGUAGAUGUUACAGUUCCAAAAGCCAAAGCUGACAAAGCUGGUAAGGCCCCUGACGAAGAUAUCAACAUUGAUGUUCCCAGAGUUGAUGUCAUACUACCAGAAGUCAAAACAGAUGUACAUCUUCCCGAUACCGACCUUAAAGAAUCCUCACAUAUUACCAUAGAGGGGGGAACCGAUACAAACCUUGAGGCUAAAUUGAAAAAGCCAAGAUUUUCAUUGCCAAAAAUUUCAUUUUCCAAGCAAAGUGUAAAAGACCCUGAAGUUGAUAUCAGUCUCCCAAAAACUGAUGUUAUUUUUCUGCAAGGUGAUAUAGUCAAACAACCUGACAAUGAGUUCAGUAUGGAACUAAGUGAUGUGAAUAAAGGCAUUAAAAUUGAUGCAGCACCUGGCAUUAACUCUGAAGCUGUAGCUGUAGAUGUGAAAGCUAAAGGAGGUGAGAUAUCUGGAAGCAAGUUUAAAAUGCCAAAUCUGGCCAUCUCAAUGGCCAAAGUUAAAAGUCCUGAAACAGAUUUAAGUUUAUCAAAGAAAGAUGUUGAUAUUUCCUUACCAGAGGUAACAGCUGACAUCAAACUACUCCAUAUUGAAGGCAAAGAAACUGAGGGUUCUACUUCAUUACCAGAAACACCUACAAUUGAGGCCGAAGUCAAGUCAAAACGACCAAGUUGGACAUUUCCAAAAUUUUCCUUUUUAAGGACAGCCGAUAAGGCCCCAGCUAUUGAUGUCAAAAUUGAAACACCCAAAGCUGAGAUUAUAUCAAGCAAAACAGAAGUCUGUCUUGCAGAAGCUGAAAUCAAAGGACCUUCAAUGGAAGAACCACCUGCUGAAGAAACUGAAACAAACUUGAAAAAACCUAAAUUUUCACUUCGGAGAUUUUCUUUUUCAAAGUCAGGUAUUAAAGAAUCGGAGUUAAGUGAUGAGCUUCCACAAGCUGAUGUUUCUGUUUCAGAGGGAGAAAUAAAAGUUAAACAACCUGAAAUGGAAAUUAAAGCUUCUGAGCAAGAAGCUGGGCAAGGAAGCCCAUUUAAGUUCCCAAAGUUAGGCAUUGUACAAACAAAACCAAAAGGACCUGAAGUGGAUUUAAAAUCAUCAAUAAACAAUGUCGACAGCAAACGGCCAGAAAUAAAAGCAGAGGUCAAAAUCUCAGAAGAAGUCAAACAAUCUUCAUCUAGUUUGGGAAUCAAGUCUUCUGAGACUAAAGCAAAGUCAAAAGAUGCUGAAGGAUCCCCUUUAAAACAAAAAAUUUCACCACUGAAAAUGCCAAAAUUUAGCAGUGCUUCCUUUGACGUUACCAUGGAAGCACCCAAAACAGCGCAAGUAAUUGACAUUCAUGGAUCUAAACCUAAGGAGGAUAUUUCUGUCACAGACAAAGAUUUGAUUGUUAAUAUUAAAAUGGAUUAUUCCAAAGGUAUAAUAUCAGAAUCCGAAACACCCAAGACUGAGACUGAUGUUGUGGGUCUUCCAUCACCAAGUAAAUUCAAACUACCAUCUUUUAAAAUGCCCAGGCUUAGCUUCUCAAAGUCUAAACCUGAAGAGGAACAGCUUCCUGCUGAAAUAGAAGAUAAAGAAGCUCAACUGGAAAUGGAAGUUGAAACAAAAGGAGAAAGUAAAUCACCAAAAAUGAUUCUGACAUCAUUUGGUGAGAUCCUAAAGACUAUUGAUGUUGAAUUUGAUGUUUCAAAAGCAGACCAAGUUGAAGAAAAUCUUGUAGUCUCAAAAGAAGUUAAAGAAAUAGGCGAACAUGCUGGAAAGCAAUUAGAAGCAAAGGAAAAAGGAGCAAGUACCAUACAAGAUAUGUCCAAGAGUCCCGAGAGGACAGGUUGGUUUAAAUUUCCUAAGUUUGGCCUGUCUUCUCCUUCAGAAGCCCCCAGUGCUCCUGAGAAAUGUGAACAAAAGGAUGAAAAGAGCCCAGUAGGGGGAACAGGGGACGAGGAAAUUAGCCCCACCUUUUCUGUCCAAUCAUCGGAUGCCUUUGCUGAUAUAAGUUCUGCAGUCACAAGUGAGCAUGUUGGCCCAUCCAUAUCUUCCCCAACAAAGGUAACUGUCAAAUAUUCUGAUCCAAAUGUUGCUACUGAGCUUGAAGAGACACACAGUAACAUCUUUACUUCAGCCAUGAGGACUGAACUGAUCUCAGUUCAGCCUAACUUACCGGAGAAAAUCACUAUUCUGUCCUCUGGAAUAUCAUCGUCAUCAGAAGACACGUGCAGAUUGGAAUCUGGAAAACUACACGUCAUUACAACAAAUAUACAAGCAACCCCAGAAGCACAGCAUGCCCAGUUACUAACUGAAAUUGAAGCUGAAUUAGCUGAAGGCCUUCCCUUAAAAUCAGAAGCUAAUGAAACUACAUCACGGACUGUGGAAGGCUCAGACAGUGGCAACAGAGCGGUGUUUGAGAGGCACUUAGUGACGAAAACCUCAACUGAAAGAAGUGAAAGCAGAGAGACAAUUGUUAUAACCAAACAAAUUACUCAUGUAUUUGACUCUUCUGAGCCCAUCUCUGGUGAGACAGCGUCAUCUAUACAGCGACUGAGAGACUCUGUGCACUCUGAGAAAAUGAGGUUCUUUGACGAUGCUGAGAAGUGAGACAACUGGAAAUAAUUCAUGUGUAAAGAUACUAUUUCUCUUUGCCUAGACCUGAAUGUCAGAGGAGACAAGUGAAUGAAAACAUGCUGGAAACUGGGAAAGGAAGUUAGCAUGUUUAACUUACCGAUCACAGAGAACAAUCUGUCAGUGUUCAGGCAUUACAACAUGAUGGUGAUGUGCUGUGCUAUGAUGCUGACCUACAAAAAAAAUAUGCAUUCCUGUAAUUCACGCUGACAGUCUGUUGAAGAUACUAACAAUGUGUAUAACUGUGUCCUUACUUCAAAUUAUAGCAAGGCCUUAGCAAAUAUCCUUGCUUUAGAUGCAGAAUGUUUGACUUUUGCUUACCAAAAUCUCUAAAACUCAUUUUGCAGUUUUUCACUAUUGACUAAUUUACUUGUGUGUGUACUUUACAAAAUGAUAAUCACCAGUGCCGUCAACUAAAAUUUCUGACUGUUUGAGACUGAUGCAAAAAUCAAUUUAUUUUACUGACAUUCCAAAUUGUGUUUACAGUAAUUUCACUAUAAUGCUUACAGUAUAUACAAACUACAAUAGCAUAAUGCAGUUAAGAUAGAACAAAGAAUAUGUACGUAUUGCACCAAGAUACUGUUGUCGCUGUAGCUAAAAUGUAAAGAGACAAUAGCAAUGCAAAGCUGAAAUGAAAAGCGUAUGAUCAAACACAGCAAAUGUACUGCUAAAAUUAUAUUUUUUAUUAAUACUUUGCUACUUUGAACCUAAUUUGCCACACUAGAAAUCUGUCUGGACUCUGUUUUCUUUCCAUAUCUCUGUACAAAGUGGGGCUAUUGAACCGGCUAUAUAAAUAGCUUUUAAAGACCUUUGGAAUUUUAUUGGAUUACCGCUCGUGUUUGUAUUCUGAUAGGCUUUAACUUAACUUGUUUGCAAAGUUAUAGACAAUAAAUGCUAUUAUA